AUGCGGCACCCCCUUGAGCCCACGCGGCCUGAAUCCCCUCACGCCCCCUUCGCCAUCUAUAGCUCAAGCCCCACCUCCCGAUCUCCGGUCCCCCGCCCAUUAACGGCCCGGCACACCCCACGCCCGUUCCAUCUCCGCCCCCAUCCCAUUCCACCCCACCCCACCUCCCGCGCCCAUCCAUGUCACCAGCGCCGCUGCUGCCGUUGGCGGGGGAGCCAUUCCGCGUGUUCAUGGGGUACGACCCGCGGUGUUCAUGCAAAGAUCAACACAAGAACUAGGAGAAGUGCUGCAAAGGGAUCACCAACCUUUCAGUGCAGAGCGUCAACGAAAGUCGACGCCAGCGUCCGGCUUGAGCUUGACGAGAACCCUGAGGCGAUCAUCUCAGGCGAGUGGCCUGAGAACCCCUUCCUUCUCAGCUACGAUGAUCUCCGUGCCUACCUUGAGUCACAGGAGGCUGUCCAAGAAGGAGAUCAGCGCGUGGCUCUCUUGAGUGAGACCAUGUCAACACCUGUGCUAGUGGCCACAGCAGAGCAGACACUAGAGGAGGUCGAAUGCCACUUUGAGGCCGUGUCAGGGCUUCCAGUCGUAGACAGCAGCCUCAGAUGUGUUGGGGUAGUCGUCAAGAAUGACCGGGCCAAAGCUUCCCAUGGGCCACAAACAAAGAUUGAAGAAGUAAUGACCUCUUCAGCCAUCACACUAGCAUCAGAUAAAACAGUGAUGGAUGCUGCGGUUCUGAUGCUCAAGAAGAAGAUCCACAGAGUACCAAUUGUAAAUCAGGAUGAACAAGUAAUAGGUAUAAUUACCCGUGCUGAUGUUCUUCGCGAGUUGGAAGGCCUGCUGAAGAUUUAGAAGGGCAGCAGUCCAUGCUCGGAAGCCAAAACUUCUUGUAAAUAUGUCCAUGGUGCUUUUGAGUGGCAGCAAGCAGAUCUACAAUCAGUAGGAGUGCGCUCCAGAAUCGGCAGAAAUAAGCCCGGAAGAGUUUGAGAUCUUUUCCUUGUAAAAGUACCACACCAGGAAACUUACUCUCUGUGUUGCACUGCUUGCGCUACCAAAUGUUGCAAACUAGUCAAAUAUUUCCAGAGCAAUAUAAAUAGAUAUGCUUAAAAUAA